AAGAACACACGUCUCCGUAGUCUUUAUAACCUUCUUCUUCUUCCCAUUGGCGUACGCGGUGGAUCGAUUGCUCCUCUACCGCCAUGCCGGACUCCAAGAAGAUUGUGCUGAAGGUGGACGUCGUCGGCGACGGGUGCAAGGCCAGAGCCAUGAGCAUCAUCGCCAAGUUCAAGGGCGUGAAGUCGAUGGCGGUGGACGGGGAGGGGACGCUGACGGUGGUGGGGGAGGUGGACGUGGUGCGCGUGGCCAAGGCGCUGCGCAAGGCCAAGUUCGAGCCGCGCGUGCUCAGCGUCGGCCCGGAGAAGCAGCCCGAGGCCGCCAAGAAGCCCGCCGCCGGCGAGGAGGCCAAGAAGCCGCUGCCGUGCUGCACCGGCUGCAGCGCAUGCCGUCCACCAGCUCCGGUCCCGGCGCAUCCUUUCCCCGGUGCCGCCGUGGUGUGCUACGAGGAGCAGGCCGCGGGCAACGGAUGCGUCAUCCUCUGAGGAUCGAGUGCUUCUUGGUUUGUUAGUUCUGGUACACGCGCCUUCAACGACCAAAUGACAUUAUAUGACAUGAAUAUAUACGACAUCGACGUUGAUAGUCUCUACUUCUCUACUAUACUUAAAACAUCAGUUUCAACGA